AGAGAAGGGAGCGAACUCGCUGACACAGACAGAGCUGGUUCAAGCGCGGGGGGGGGAGGAGGCAGAAAACAUAACCGAGUUAAACCGAGUCAAAACUUGAGCGAACGCGACGAGAAGAGCCCCUCCAGACGCGCUGCUCCGCCGGAGAGAGGAAGGGAGCUGUCCGGUGCUGAAUACAUGCGCCUGCCGUCUGAGGGGAGCUGUCCAGUGCUGAACUUGCAUUUCUGCUCAGAGAAACGCGGCGUCGCGCAGCAGCAGCAGCAGAAGAAGAAGCUGAAUAAGGACUGCGAGGCUUCGCCUUCGCCCUGUGCUGGCAUCUGAGCCGUGCCAAAAAAAGGAAAAGAAAGGUGCUGCUUUGCCUCAGCAGUGCAUGAGGAGCGAGAGAGCGGACCGCGGCGGACGGGUGUUGUUGGGGUUUGGGGGUCUUUUUCUUUAUUUUUUCUUUUCUUUUUUUUCUUCCUGAAACAUGCCAAGGUCUUUCCUGGUCAAAAAGGUUAAGCUCGAUGAUUUUUCAUCCGCCGAUCUCGAGAGCUCCUAUGGCAGAUCCAGAGCUGACCUCAGCCUUCGCUUUCACGAGAAAGGCUACAUCGGCGACUACAUAACCCCGUCUGUGUACGAUGGGGAGAGUGACCAUGGCCUCAAAGUGCCCUCUCCGGGCCCCAUCUACGAGCGGAUACACGGAGACUACGGCGCGCCGGACUCGGACCAGCCGGACAGCCCGCGCUCCGAGGUGUCGUCCGGCUACAUCAACGGCGACAACGCCGUGAGCGAGGGCUACGCAGUGGACUCCUUCUUCAUCACGGACGGGCGCUCGCGCCGGAAGGCGGUGGCCGGCGCGCGCACCCUGCAGCGGCACACGUGCAACGAGUGCGGCAAGACGUACGCCACGUCGUCCAACUUGAGCCGCCACAAGCAGACGCACCGCAGCUUGGACAGCAAGAUGGCCAAGAAGUGCCCCACGUGCGGCAAGGUGUACGUGUCCAUGCCGGCCAUGGCCAUGCACCUGCUGACGCACGACCUCAAGCACAAGUGCGACGUGUGCGGCAAGGCGUUCAGCCGGCCGUGGCUGCUGCAGGGACACAUGCGCUCGCACACGGGCGAGAAGCCGUUCGGGUGCGCGCACUGCGGCAAGGCCUUCGCCGACCGCUCCAACUUGCGCGCGCACAUGCAGACGCACUCGGCCUUCAAGCACUACAAGUGCAAGCGCUGCAACAAGACGUUCGCGCUCAAGUCCUACCUGAACAAGCACUACGAGUCCGCGUGCUUCAAGGGCGCGUUCGCGCCGCUCGGUGCGCUCGAGGCGUGAUGGCG